CUUGAACCAUUAUCUCCGCCUUCUCUUUCUACAGGAAACUUAUUUCCUAUUUCUGUGUACCACGUUUCUUCCUCCAGGUUUGUUGGGUGCUGUUACUGAGAAGGCUGACACGUCAGUGCCUCUCUGAAGUCAUCUACUGAGCAGAGGGACAUGGGAGACGGCGUGUUUCCCCAGCCCAGCCGUGUGCUGUCCACGCCUCGCUCUCUGUUCAUACCGACCAUCCAGGGGGGCGGUGAAGAGCCCACCACCAGCUUCGACUACGGCGAGGAGAGUGAGCCCUGCCGGAAGAGCGACGUGCGCCAGAUUGCGGCCGGGCUGCUGCCUCCGCUCUACUCGCUGGUGUUCAUCUUCGGCUUCGUGGGCAACCUGUUGGUGGUGCUCACGCUCGUCAACUGCAAGAAGCUCAGGAGCAUGAGUGACAUCUACCUGCUCAACCUGGCCCUGUCAGACCUGCUCUUCCUGCUCACCAUCCCCUUCUGGGCUCACUACGCCGCCGGCCAGUGGGUGCUGGGGGGCACGAUGUGUAAACUCUUCACGGGACUCUACCACGCCGGCUACUUUGGCGGCAUCUUCUUCAUCAUCCUCCUGACCAUCGAUCGGUACCUGGCCAUCGUCCACGCCGUGUUUGCCUUGAGAGCCCGCACGGUCAGCUGUGGGGUGGUGACAAGUGUGGCCACCUGGGCGGUGGCUGUGUUGGCCUCUGUCCCAGGAGUCAUCUUCACCAAGUCAGAAGAGGAUGACACCAGGGUGUCCUGUGGCCCGCAUUUCCCGCUCCAGUGGAAGAACUUCCACGCGGUCACGAGGAGCAUCUUGGGGCUGGUCCUGCCGCUGCUGGUCAUGGUCACCUGCUACUCGGGCAUCCUGAGGACCCUGCUCCGUUGUCGCAACGAGAAGAAGAAGCACAAGGCCGUGAGGCUCAUCUUCACCAUCAUGAUCGUGUACUUUCUCUUCUGGACCCCCUACAACAUCGUCCUUCUGCUCAGCACCUUCCAGGAGGCCUUUGGGCUGAACAACUGUGAGAGCAGCAGCCGCCUGGACCGGGCCAUGCAGGUGACCGAGACCCUGGGGAUGACUCACUGCUGCAUCAACCCCGUCAUCUACGCCUUCGUGGGGGAGAAGUUCCGCAGGUACCUCUCGGUGUUUUUCCGAAAGCACGUCGCCAAGCACCUCUGCAAGCGGUGCCCGGUCUUCUACCGGGAGACGGCAGACGGAAUCAGCUCCACGUAUACCCCGUCCACGGGGGAGCAGGAAGUCUCGGCCGGCUUGUAAACAGGAGGCAGUGUGCAAGCCAUUCUACUUUUUUUUAAAAAGAGAGAGAGAGAGUGAUCUACAGAUGGUGAUCAGCUUCAAUCUAUUCUUCAAGGGCCUGCAGAAGACUAGAAACCAGGCCUCUUCACAGGUGCCCGAGACCUAGGGCUUGUGUGUAUCAAGACAGAUUCAUGUCACUCCUUGUAGAGCUAAUGUGUCCUCAGGUAAUAUUUCUGAAUGAUGUAGAGAGAGGCUCUGACUAUCUGUAGAAGGUCUCUCAGUCCCCGCGAGGCCACGCCACCUUGUGUUAACGUUCUAUUUUCUGAAGUCUUCACUCUUACUGACCUCACCCACUUUCUCUGGUCGGAUCAUUCCAAUUUUACCAAUUUUUUUUUUAUCUAAGACUUGGCUGGAGGUGAGGAGAAGGUGAGACAGACAGAAGAUGAACAGGACAGGAGUUGAGGACAUGAGCAGACAGGACAGAGUACGGACGGUGUGGAGAGAGUUCUGCGAAGCCAUGCUGCCUUUGUCCCCUCUCCCAUCAGAGUGGUGCUGGAAGGCUCCAGCAGGUCACGACAACUGGGAACUAGAGUCCCUUUCUGGGCACUGGUCUGAAGAGCCUCCCCUGCAUGUGUCCACCGCGCUGACCUGCCCUCUGACGCUUCCUCUCUGGCAGCUGGGCUCCCUGCCUUUGAAACCAACUACUCAUCACACUCCACUGGGUCACAUCCACCCUCUUCCGAAAAUACACCCUGGAAGUUAUUUUAUAAUCAGGAAAUCAUAGUGUGUUUCAUCUACAGGUUAUGUAGUGGGGCCAGGGAGGCUGCCCAGGGUAGGAUACCAGCCUUGCCUGUGCAAGACUCUGAGUCAGAUUCAUGACACCCUGUGAGAGCAACAAAGACGAAACAGAUAAAGAAAACUCCAUGGAUGGUGGAGAGCAAUUUCUCUAUCUCAAUCACUCAAAAAAAAUUAAAAUUAAAUGGUCGGGGUGGUGGCACACCUGGUUGAGCCUGCAUGUUACAAUGUGCAAGAGGCCGGGUUUGAGCCCCUGGUCCCCACCUGCAGGGGGAAAGCUCCACGAGUGGUGAAGCAGGGCUGCGGGUGUCUCUCUGUCUCUCUCCCUCUCUAUCUCCCCCUGGCUCUUAAUUCUUGGCUGUCUCUAUCCAAUAGAUAAUAAAGAUAAUCAUAAAAAUUAAAAUAAUAAAAUUAAAGUAUGUGUAGUCUACACUGAACGUUAAAGGGUAAAAGUCCUCUGGUGUCAUUCUGGAUAGGGAUAGUGGUUACUGGGGUGGGGCAGGACUCAUGGGUGCCGACAUCAGCUGUGGAAGGGUCGAGGGAGCACAGAGAGGGCAGCAGAAUCAGCUGUGGGGUGAGACCAGGAGGCAGCUGUCAGAACCUGGGAAGACCUGCAUGUCUGGGCUGGCCGCGUCUGCUUCCCUCCCUGGCCUUCUCAGCACCCACAACACACAGUCCUUAUCACGCAACCCUUGCUCCUUGGGAUUCAAGGGCCUGGAGAUUAGACAGAGGCCCCAGCGUUGGAACCCAGCUUUCUCACUGUCUACAGAACCAGGCAAGAAGGACCUCAAAGAAGAAAGCCAUCAAUGCUUGAGGUAGAAAAAGUGUUUCUCUAAGUGCCUUGCACCCCUAACUGUAAGGUCAGGUAUAGAGUUUUGUUGUUCUCUUUAUUUUAUGUAAGCUAAAAAUAAAAAUUAAAA